UAUGGCGCUUGUUGAUACGAUAAAUUGACAGCUGUGUUUUGCUUUCGUACAGAUAGUACCUACGUUAGGUUGUAAUGUUUCUUUUACAUCUCCAGCUCGUUAGGAACAAAAAUUAAAAAUGACAAGACCUUUCGGGAACAGCGAUAAACGAUUUUCUAUUGAUGAUGCUUUCGAAGAAGAAACCGACGAAGCUAUAAAAGUGUACGGCGCAACGGGCGAUAGGUCUCCCUUGCAGAAUAAAUUUAAGAAUGGAGGUGACUACCUAUCCAGCUGUUGCAAUAAAACCAAACAAAUUAUAAAAUGCCAUAACGAAGCUCGCACUGUUGAUCCCGAUAAAAGCAUUACUAAAACCUACAAAUGUACGGAAGAUACGACGUCCAGGGAUUCGGACUCCCUCAUCCACGAGUACGUGGAAGCGACCCAGUCUCUCUACUGCUGGAACCAUCCUAAAGUGAGAGAGAAUUGGAAGACGGUCUGCGCAGCGGUCAUACUCCUCGUAGUCGGUGUGGGAUUACUUGGUAUGGGAACUUUCGCGGUUGCAGAGCCGGAGAAUGGAUUACAGGGUGCAGUUUUCUUUGUAGCUGGUAUGAUUUGCUUUGUCCCGGGAGCCUACCACGUAGUAUACAUAUGGCUUGCCGCUAGGGGACAGAGGGGCUACGAUUUCUACCACCUACCACUAUUCACUUGAUUCGUCUUACAAUUCUUAUGUUUUAUUUGAGUUUCUGAAAAGCAAUGGAGAUGUAAUUGAAAAAUUAAAUUGUGCGUAUUUAUGAAAUGGAAAGCUCUCUACAUGCCAGAAAUUUGGCCAUUAUAAUAAAAGAAAUAUUAACAUGCGGCAUAUAAAAAAAUUGUAACUUAAUUUUUUUUUUUUGUUAAUGUAAAAUUAUACAUAUUUGUUAAUUUCAAUAAUUAACGAUCAACUUUUGCGACACUAACUAAAAUAAGAUCAUAAAAAUCUAUAUUUGAAAUUUCAUCUACCUGAUGUUAUAAAACAUAAAUUCUAGAAAUUAAAAAAAAUAUAUAUUCAGCUUGAAUCACACUAUGCAAGGAGUAGGAUUAAAAAAUAAAAAAAAUGUUAAAGUGCCUCUGAAUAGAUUAAUAGCUACAAAUUAUUGUAAGUUUUUGAACAGCAGAUUCUUUAGAACAAAUAACUGUAUCUAUUCAAAAUUGUUAUUUCAUUCGGAAUACCCAGCAUUUAUUUAUCCCCUAUUCCUGAUACAUAUGUUAAAAUAUUUUUGUAACUGAAACAGAUAAGUGGAAUAUUUGAAAUAUAAAGCAGUCACACCACUGAAAGCUAUUCUAUAAUACCAUGCAUAAUAUUAAUAAAAAAAACUUACAAUCUGGUCUUAAUUAUUUAUACUACUGUGACUCAACCCUUAUUAUUAUUAGUAUUUGUGUUGUGUUUUAUUAUCUAAGUUUUCAAGUUUAGGCUAGUCUAGUUUGAUGUGUUCUUUUUGCCAUUAACAGUUGCAUUUUAAAUAUUAGGAUGCUUCCCUAAACAUGGUAUAUUUUAAAUUUAUUUAGUGCAUAAUAUACAUUACCUGUGUGUAAUUUUUUUUUUAUAUUUUAUUACAACACUAGAAUUGUGUCACAUUAUUGUAUGUACAUAUGCAAAAUUUUAUGUAAAUCGAUAGCAUUUUUGUUUUUUAUCUGAAUUCAGUAGUAUAUACAAAUAUAUGUACAUUUUAUAUAAAAUGUUUUUAAGUCUUUAGUUGUCAAUGUAAAUAAAUAUGGUAUUUUAUUAUUUGUUAUAUAGAAAAAAAUCAAACAUUCUUUUUAUUAGCAUAUUGUUUAAAACGGUAUCCAUUUGUGCAAAGAAUAGGCUUUUCAUUUUUUUUUAUGUAAUGACUUAAAUGAAUUUCAUUCAAAAGUAGACAUUGUCUUUAUUCUGGAUAUUUAUGUUUUCAAUGAAUAUGUCACCUUAUUUAAUUUGUAAAUAUUUAAUAAUAAAUGAUUAAAUCUCGAA